GCGCCGAACAUAUUUCCAGAGAGGGGGUCCGCGUAUGCGCCGAUCAGAUGUGCCUGCAUUGUAUCCUGCUGGUCCGUUAGCCUGGGACUGUGAUCUAAUCUCAAUCUUGUUGUGGGUUGAUGCCGGCUUAAACGAGCUAUCUUUCGAUGUAGCAAAAUUUAUUCCAGUUCUCGACCGGGAAAGGCUCGACGCAGACCUGGAUUUCCUGGACAAGUUUGGCGUUCACCGCGCCGCUGGGCGUGUGCGUAAGGCAGCAUUGCAUUUUCGAAGGCUGCCUCUGCAAAGGGUAGACAUCGUCAGAAACCGUAGUUGACAGGUUGAGGCGUAGCGGUACACUUUUGUACAGUAUC